GGCAGGACAGGCAGGAUCCUUGGCCCUGCACCAGCCACCUCAGUCCUGCAGGUGUGGUGUCUGGAGGCUCUGCCCCACAGCAUCCCUGGACUGACUCCCUGCCCUGCAGCAUCCCCGGACCGAGUCCCUGCCCCGCAGCAUCCCCGGACUGAAUCCCUGCCCUGCAGCAUCCCCGGACCGCCCCCGCCGUGCCCCCAUGGCCGGUGCCGAGCAUGGAGCCCACGCAGGGCGGGAGCUGCUGGACAUGGAGGUCAAGGCCAAGGCCUGGCGGCCGCCCUGGUAUGAGCACCACGUGCAGCCGUGCGUGGCCGAGCUGCUGGGCACUGCCCUCUUCGUCUUCGUGGGCUGCCUGGCCGUGGUGGAGGACGCGGGGGGCGCGGGGCGGCUGCAGCCCGCCCUGGCACACGGGCUGGCCCUGGGCACCGCCGUCGCCGUCCUGGGGGACAUCAGCGGAGGCCACUUCAACCCCGCCGUGUCCCUGGGCGUGUGGCUGCUGGGGGGGCUGAACAUGACGAUGCUCAUCCCUUACUGGCUCUCCCAGCUCUGUGGAGGGGUGAUAGGAGCUGGCCUGGUAAAGGCCGUGGCACCGAGCGAGCGCUACGGGAAUGCCAGCGGGGGAGCCUUCGGGGGCAUCGCGGCCGACGAGCAGGUCCCGGCUGUCCUCGGGGGAGAGCUCGUCAUGACCACCUUCCUGGUCCUGGUGGUCUGCAUGGGCACCGUCAACGGGAAGACCAAGACCCCCCUGGCACCGUUCUGCAUCGGCUUCACCGUCACGGUCGACAUCCUGGCAGGGGGCGGCGUGUCUGGAGCCUGCAUGAACCCUGCCCGAGCCUUCGGACCAGCUCUGGUGGCAAACUACUGGGACUACCACUGGGUUUACUGGGUAGGGCCCAUGGUCGCUGCCCUCCUGGUCGCUGUGCUGGUGAGGCUCCUGAUGGGUGACCGGAGCACGCGCCUGCUCCUGCGGUGACGCCGAGCACUGGGCCCUGACCUGCUGUGGGUGGGGCUCAGCACAGCCCGUGUGAAACCUCCUGCUCCUGCUCCCUCCUCACCUUCCUGCCUCCCCUCUGCAUCUCCCAGGCACCUGUGGCCCAGCGAUGGUUCCCCGGACGCUGGAGGGAGGGUGGGACCCCCCAGCCAAGCCGUGGGUGCCAGGGCUCUGCCAUGAGACCAGCUCAGUGUGAGCCCCCUCUGAGCAGCCACGGUGCCUGUGGUGCCCCAGCCUCCCUCGGCAUCACCAUGCAGUGUCCAUCCCCCAGAGGUGUCCCUGGGCAUCUCGAUGCCAGGGAGCCCUGUGCCCUCUGAGUGAGCACUGCUGCUCCCCACUCAGGUUGUCCAGGAUGUUCCAAGCAGCUCCUGCCCCUGGCCUGCCCCAUGCACUCUCCCACAGAGGGGGACAUAAGAAGGGAGCUUUGGGGACAGUCUCAUCUCUGCCCCUCUGGGCAUCAGAAGGACGGGGGCACGGGGAGUUAAACACCCCCCCAGAGCUCAGGGCAGGUCAUCCCUCCCCUGUCAGAGGGGGGGCCAGGGGCCGAGGGGGAGGGGGGCUGUUUGGC